GUGUGUAUUAACGGGAGCAUGACGUCAUAAGCGGCUAGAACAACAAUAGCUGUGUGUUUGCGUGAGUGCAGCAAUUGAUCAGCUGAUCAGGACCGAUCCAGAUCCCUCAGGAUGUCCUUUCAGGCCAAGAAGAGACCCGCGGGCGACCGUCUCAUCAUCAAAGGAGGAAAGAUUGUCAAUGACGACCAGUCUUUCUAUGCCGAUGUCUACAUCGAGGAUGGUACCAUCAGACAGAUUGGCGAGAACCUGAUUGUCCCACCUGGUGUGAAGACACUGGAUGCAUACGGUCAGCUGGUAAUCCCUGGAGGAAUCGACGCAAACACUAACCUGCAUACUCCACAGAAAGGCCUGAACCCAUGUGAUGACUUCUACCAGGGAACCAGAGCUGCCCUGGCUGGAGGAACCACCACCAUCAUCGACCAUGUGCUGGUGGAACCAGGCGUUGGCUUAAUGUCAGCAUUUGAUCAGUGGAAGGAGGUGGCAGAGCAGAGGGCGUGCUGCGACUUCUCCUUCCACCUGGACGUGGCACGAUGGCACGAAGGCCUGUAUGAGGAGCUGGAGACACUCGUCAAGGAUAAAGGUGUGAACUCGUUCCUGUUCUUCAUGGCCUACAAAGACCGGUACCAGAGCUCCGACUCUCAGCUUUAUGAGGCGUUCGGGGUCCUCCGGGAUCUCGGAGCUAUUGCUCAGGUCCAUGCUGAGAAUGGUGACAUCAUCGAUGAGGAGCAGAAAAAACUUCUCAGUGUGGGUGUUACUGGACCUGAAGGCCAUGUUUUAUCCCACCCUGAUGAGGUGGAGACUGAGGCGGUCUACCGGGCUAUCACCAUCGCCAAACAGGCCAACUGCCCGCUGUAUGUUACCAAGGUCAUGAGCAAGUCCGCUGCUGAUGUCAUCGCUAAAGCCAGGAAGAAAGGUGUGGUUGUGUACGGGGAACCAAUUACAGCCUGCCUGGCCACUGAUGGCUCACACUACUGGUCCAAAGACUGGGCCACUGCGGCUGCCUUUGUCAUGAGCCCUCCGCUGAACCCAGACCCUUCCACGCCGCAGUACCUGACCUCCCUGUUAGCAUGCGGCGAUCUCCAGGUGACUUCCAGCGCACAGGCAAGCUUCUCCACAGCUCAGAAGGCUGUGGGUAAAGACGACUUCACGCUGAUCCCAGAGGGAACCAAUGGCAUUGAGGAAAGGCUGUCAGUGGUCUGGGACAGAGCUGUGUCUACAGGGAAGAUGGACGAGAAUGAGUUUGUUGCUGUCACAAGCACCAACGCUGCCAAACUCUUCAACAUGUAUCCACGCAAAGGACGUAUUGCUGUUGGAUCUGAUGCUGACAUUGUCAUAUGGAACCCAAAAGAGACCAGGACCGUUUCUGCAAAGGCUCACAACCUGACACUUGAGGUAAACAUCCUGGAGGGUUUGGAAUUCCGAGGCGUUCCAACGGUGGUGAUCAGUGGUGGUCAAAUUGUUAUGGAGGAUGGGCAGCUCAGCGUGACUGAAGGUUCUGGACGAUUUAUUCCAAGAAAGGCUUAUCCUGACACCGUCUACAAGAGGAUCAGAGCCCGCAGCAAGAUGGCAGAGGCUCGUGGCGUUCCCCGUGGCAACUAUGACGGGCCAGUCCAUGACGUCAGCAGUAUGAUUAAAUCAGUCCCACCAACUCCAACCACUAGGGGGCCUACAGGUGCAAAAAUACCAACUGGCCCCCGGAAUCUUCACCAGUCGGGAUUCACUCUGGCAGGGGCUCAGGUUGACGAUCACAUACCACGUCGCUCUGCUCAGAGGAUUGUGGCGCCGCCUGGUGGACGUUCCAACAUUACAUCAUUAUCUUAACCAUUUGUAUGUUUUUCCAAGUUUGGAGGAACGCCUGUUUAGGUGAUACAGCUUCAUUUAGUGAACCUUGGAGGUGUUUCCACCCUGGAACCGUCUGGCCCGUGUAAGCCUGAUCUGUAGCUCUGUAGUUUGAUUCUUCAUCUGAAACACUCAUACCGCAUCUCCUUAAUCCAUAUCAAACUCUUAUUGCAACAUAACCAACCUGAGAACUCUUGUAUUGAAUGUAGCAGUCUGUCUUUAUACCCUACAGUAGUUCCUAGUCUUUUAACAACCCCCUUUAGCCCAGUUUGGCUCCACCAUCAUGACUUACUGUACGAAGCAUCCUUAAACCAAACUUGGAGUGCUGCCUAGAUUAGGGAUAAUCUUGUUUCUAAAGCCUGGCAAACAUUUAAUCCAUAGCCCCCUUCCAACACCACUCCCACAGGAAGGGUAUACUAAAACCUUUCUGCUCCUCAUGUGAACAGCAGCUCAUGGUUUCUGUCAGUACAGCCAGAAGAAUCUCUCAUAGCAGAAUGACUUGUAUCACUAAAAACCAUAGUCAUUUAUUAUAUCUACAUGUUUCCAGCUGUUUGUGCCAUAAAACCACUUCACAAACUGGUUCUGCUAAUCAGAGGAAGCUGUUGGUUUUCCACUCCUCUCACUGCUGGUGGUGCUAACUAACACAGCAUAGCCAUUGAAUAAUAACCCUGUUGAAACCAGGAACUCCGUAAUAAACAACUUGAGGGCUUUUAAUUUGAAAGGUCUUGUCUCUGAGGGAUGCGUUCACAGCCUUAUCCUGUAUUUAGAGAUUCAUUGACAUCAUGUGACUCUGUAGCCUGUGAUGUCACAUUUUUAAUGUGGUGUUUUAUACGAUUUUGUCAUAAUUUUGUAUUUUACUGUUUUUGUAUCUCGGCUGUACUUGGUUCAUUGUUCCCUUUUAUGGGUUAUAUUUAUGUUCACAGGUAGUCCAGUUGUUGACCUCAUUUUGAAUAAGAUUUGUUUCUGGUACCGAUAACAGAAUCUGAUCACGUCUUCAAAAGUAAACUAAUUGGAGCGAUAAGACAGUGGCUCACCUUAGGUUCUGGUAGGCCUGGCUUUAUCAUAACCUGAUCCGUCUCUGGGGUCUUAUGAUCCAGUCAGUUUGGUCAGAACUGGUCAAAUUUUAUUCAGACUGAGGUCGUCAACAGAGUUCUCUAAAGCAGGGCAACCAUUGGCUGGUCAUUAAGGUGGGCGGAGCCACCUGGUCUAUUAGGUGGAGUCAGCAUUAGCUCCACCUUGCUUGUUAAAUAUAGUACCUUCCUGAUCCAACCGGACCAGAGACUUUACAGUGGCUUUGUCCACCUUGUACUUUCUUGCCGAUAAGUGUUAGCUUCGCUGCUCUCAUGUUGGGAGUCCGGCUGUCACUAGGGAAACAUGUCAGGGUGUUGGCAUGUUUACAGAAAGAUCCUUAAACUGAAAAUUCAAGUUUUAAUAAACAGGCUUUUCUAUAGGACAGUAAGUCCACAGUUCACCUGAUCAGCAGGUGCCAGGUUUAAAUUAAUCCAAUCCAGGUUAAUCUGAACUCGGACUAACCUGGACAAGAUUAGCAGACUGCUGGGUGGCUUCUGGUCGUCUUUCCGACAGUGAUCACCAACGCUACUGGCUGUCCAUGAGGAGGGUUACCAUAGCAACCACAUCUGUGAUGUAAUUGGUCUUGUGAAGGUUGUAAUUUGUACUUGUAAUGACAGUUGCAUGAUUAAAAUGUGAAA